CCUCCCUCUUCUUCUUCUAUUUUCGUGCUUCCGUGGGACGGCGAGGGUAGGCGGCGAGAGGUGGCGGAUCUGAGAAGAGAUAGAAGAAGGAGGCUAGGAAGUGGCGGACGAGAUCGCAUCAGAUGUCCAAAGGGAGCGUGGUGGUCAUCGACAAUGGGGCGGGGCUGUGCAAGGCGGGUUUUGGCGGAGAUAGGGAUCCCGUGGCCAUCGUCCCCAACUGCGUCGCAAAGUCUCCUGCCUCCAAGAAAUGGCUGGUGGCGGACGAACUCCGCGCCGCCGACACCGACGUCACUUCCGUGUCCCUCCGGCGGCCCUUCGAUCGCGGCUACCUCGUCAAUCCGGAGCUCCAGAGGGAGGUGUGGGACAGAGUGAUCCGAACCCUCCUUCGCGUCGACCCUAACCAUUCAUCGCUCCUCCUGGUGGAGCCUCUCUUCAACCCUCCUUCUGUCCAGCGCGUCACCGAUGAGAUCGUGUUCGAGGAUUUCGGCUUCCGCUCACUCUGCGUCGCCGAUUCCCCCUCCCUCGUCCACCUCUUCGAGGCGAGUCGCGGCCACUCCCACUGUCAUCAGACUCAAUGCAGCCUCGUGGUCGACUGCGGCUUCUCCUUCACCCACGCCGCCCCCGUGCUCCAAAACUUCACGCUCAACUACGCGGUCAAGCGCCUCGACCUCGGUGGCAAGGUCCUCACCAACUACCUCAAGGAGUUAGUCUCGUACCGCUCCGUCAACGUCAUGGAUGAGACCCUCAUCAUUGACCACGCCAAAGAGAAGCUCUGCUUCGUCUCUCUCGAUGUGUCACGGGAUCUCCGCCUUGCAAGGAGAAGUGGAAAACAGAACCCAUUCAAGUGCACAUAUGUUCUCCCUGAUGGUAUUGAACAUACUAAAGGCUAUGUCAAAGACUUUGAUGAAGCACAGAGGUACCUUUCUCUGCCGUAUGAGACAUUGCCCACAGUUUCAGGACAAAAGGAAGAGCUGACACUCUCACCCUCCAAUUUGGAAAAACCAGAACAGAGGAUGAAAGUUGAUUUGUUGCAAAAUGAAUUUACCCUGACAAAUGAACGCUUCCUUGUGCCUGAGAUGCUAUUCCAUCCUGCUGAUUUAGGUAUGAACCAAGCAGGAUUAGCUGAAUGCAUUGUCCGAGCAGUUAAUUCUUGUCAUCCUCUUCUUCAUCCUGUACUCUAUGAAAGCAUUCUACUGACUGGUGGAAGCACACUAUUUCCUCGUUUUGCAGAGAGAUUAAAAAUGGAGCUUCGACCUCUCGUUCCUGAUGAUUAUCAAGUGAAGAUUACUUCACAAGAAGAUCCUAUUCUAGGCAUAUGGAGAGGUGGUUCACUGUUAGCAUCGAGCCCUGAUUUUGAGUCAAUGUGCGUGAGCAAGUCUGAUUAUGAAGAGCUUGGUUCAACUCGUUGUCGACGCCGCUUUUUCCACUGAGUAUUUUAGUUUUAGUCGUUUAUUAGCUGCUCUUUUUGGUGAGAUUGUUAAUCUCUCUUUAAGAAGUUGGGCUGACAAACGUUUCAUCAUCAUUUAUCAAGGUUGUAGCAUUGGCAUCUCAUUUUAAGGACUAUGCCCAAAGGCUGGCCAGUGUCGAGUUGCUUGUUGCUGGUAAAUUCGAUUGUUUUAAACUCAACCAUCAACUGUCGAAUUAAAAUUUUGUACUCAGUCAAGUGACUAUAUGUUGUUAAGCAUGCUGGAAUUUUUUAAUUGACACUUUAUGUUCGCCUGUUGUAUUUGUGUUGUCUUUUCCCCAUGUAAAUAGCUAGUGAUAUCAGUGUAAAAUUAUAUAAAUUCUAAAGAGUCAAUA